UUUAAACAAGUAUAAACUUACUUACCUGUGGAAGAAACAUAUGUGGGGGAGAGGAAAAAAAAUAACAUUCAGACAAAAAAGGUAUGUUAAACAAACAUAUGCUUACUCACGUGGUAGAGAAACCUUAUAUAUGUGAGUUAUGCAACAAGUCAUUUAGAAGAAAGGGUCAUUUAAAUGAGCAUAUGGUUAUUCACACAGGAGAGAAACUUCACAUGUGUGAGGUAUGUAAAAAGUCAUUUAGACGAAGGGGAGAUUUCAACAAGCAUAUACUUAUCCAUACAGGGGAGAAGCCUCAUAUCUGCGAGGUAUGCAGCAAAUCAUUUCGACAACACAAUGCUUUAUACAAGCAUAUGCAUAUUCACUCAGGAGAGAAACCUCAUUUGUGUGAAGUAUGUAAUGUGUCCUUUAGACAAAAGAGUGAUUUAAGCAAGCAUAUACUUAUUCACACAGGAGAGAAACCUUAUGUGUGUGAGGUAUGUAGCAAGCCAUUUAGAAAAAAGGAUCAUUUAAAUGAGCAUAUGCUUAUUCACACAGACGAGAAACCUCAUGUUUGUCAGAUAUGUACCAGAACAUUUAGACGGAAGCAUGAUUUAAAUGAGCAUAUGCUGAUCCAUACAGCAGAAAAACCUCAUGCAUGUGAGGUAUGUAACAUGUCAUUUAGACAGAAGAGUGCUUUAAAUAGGCAUUUGCUCAUUCACUCAGGAGUGAAAUGUCAUGUGUGUGAAGUAUGUCACAAGACAUUUAGACAAAAGCGUGAUUUGAAUGAGCAUCUGCUGAUUCACACAGGGGAGAAACCUCGUACAUGUGAAGUGUGUAACAAGUCAUUUAGACAAAAGAGUACUUUAAACACGCAUAUGCGUAUUCACACAAGUAGCCAAGGCCACAUCGGUAACAAGUCAUUUGCUCAAAAAAGACAUUUAAACAAGCAUAUGCUCCUUCACACAAAAGAGAGACCUCAUGUGUGUGAGGUAUAUAACAAGUCAUUUACUGAAAAAGUUUAUUUGAACAAGCAUAUGCUCCAUCACACAGGAGAGAGACCUCAUGUGUGUGAGGUAUGCAACAGGUCAUUUGCUCAAAAAAGUUAUUUAAACAAGCAUAUGCUCCUUCACACAAAAGAGAGACUUCAUAUGUGUGAGGUAUGUAACAAGUCAUUUACUCAAAAAAGUUAUUUAAAAAAGCAUAUGCUCAUUCACACAGGAGAGAAAUGUCAUAUGUGUGAGGUAUGUAACAAGUCAUUUACUGAAAAAGGUCAUUUAAACAAGCAUAUGCUCUUUCACACAGGAGAGAGACCUCAUGUUUGUCAGGUAUGCGACAAGUCAUUUGCUCAAAAAGAUGAUUUAAACAGACAUAUACUUAUUCAUACAGGAAAGAAACCUCAUGUAUGUGAGGUAUGCAAUAAAGCAUUUACUCAAAAAUGUCAUUUAAACAAACAUAUGCUUCUUCACACAGGAGAGAAACCUCAUGUGUGCGAGGUAUGCAACAAGUCAUUUGCUCGUAAAGAAGACUUAAACAAACAUAUACUUAUUCAUACAGGAAAGAAACCUCAUGUGUGUGAUGUAUGCAAUAAAGCAUUUACUCAAAAAAGUAAUUUAAACAAACAUAUGCUUCUUCACACAGGAAAGAAACCUCAUGUGUGUGAGGUAUGUAACAAGUCAUAUGCUCGGAAGGAUGAAUUAAACAGGCAUACACUUAUUCAUACAGGAAAGAAACCUCAUGUAUGUGAGGAAGGACGGGAAAGAAACCUCAUGUGUGAUGUACAUAACAAGUCAUUUGCUCGAAAAACGUGUUUAAAUGAACAUAUACUUAUUCAUACAGGAGAGACACCUCAUGUGUGUGAUUUUUGUAACAAGUCAUUUACUCAAAAAGGUCAUUUAAAUAAGCAUAUGCACCUUCACACAGGAGCGAGACCUCAUGUGUGUGAGGCAUGUAACAAGUCAUAUGCUCAAAAAAGUUAUUUAAUCAAGCAUAUGCUCUUUCACACAGGAGAGAGAUCUCAUGUGUGCGAGGUAUGUAACAAGUCAUUUAUUCAAAAAGGUCAUUUAAACAACCAUAUGGUCUUUCACACUGGAGAGAAACCUCAUGUUUGUGAUGUUGUGAGUCAUUUGCUGAAAAAUCUAAUUUAAAAAAGCAUAUAUAUAUACUCACACCGGAGAGAAACUCCAUAAGGUACAUGUGUAACAAAUCUCUUGGGUUAUAGAAAAAUUGAAAGUCUCAUGUCGACACGUAAGAAGGUUAAUGUUUUUUGUGGAAACGUUAGGUUAAUAAGAACUUUGCUCAUGUGUGCAGUAAAGACUUGUCCAUGCUAGAAAGAAAUGUCUUUCUAACGUGGUGUGUUCAACUUGCCAUUUCAUUUUAGUUUUUAAUAAAUCAUUUAUUUGUUUCCACAAGAGAAAAACCUGAUGAUUGCAAGAUAAUUCACAAGUCAUUUUAAACUGCUGCUGAUUUAAUACAACAUUUUCUUAUACUUAGUAAAUAAUGAAUAAUGAAAAUUUAAAGCAACAUAUUUGAACAGUGUUAGAUAGUGAAUUUACUGUUCUGAAUAAGAAAAUUUUAUUGACGUCUUAUUCAUCUCAUUCGGAUACUGUCAUGGAUUGUUUGAAAGCUUGAAAUGUUUAACAUUUUCAUUAGAUUUUUCUAAAAAAGUAUGAAAUAUGUUCUUUUGUGGUAUCUUAAGUGCUGUAAAAUUUAAGUAUUUCUCUCAUCGUCGAAUUGGCUUUUUUAAUGUUGAGAAUGCAUAGAAUUUAGAUUUUUGCAGACUUACGUGCUCAGUAUCGAAUGUUUAAAACAUUAGUUUUAACUAUAUUCUUGAUGCCACUAUGUAGCUUGUAUUGACUUUGAAAGACAUCAAAAUUUCGUGAGGAAGUAAGUUUUUUUUUUGUUUUGUUUGUUUGUUUGUUUGUUUGUGGUAUUUAUGUGUUAAUGCAGCAGCUUUAAUACAAGUUGCCAUAUUUUCAGUAUAUGUCAAACUCUAACAACAUUGUGCAUAACCAUUCUUGAAGCAAUCAUGCUUAUAAUAAUCCUUCAAUCAAGCACUUUUGCCAUUUUGCGUGAUUUUUUUUUUUUUUUUUUUUUUUUUUUUUUUUUUUUUUAAAUUCUGAAGCGUAAAAGCCUUUAUAAACAUAUUGUGAUAUAUUUUGCCUUAGUUUUAAAAUUUGUCCAUGCAGAAUUUGUGAGCAAUUUUUCCGUAGUUCUGUGAUAAAAUUUCUGCAAGAACACAGAAUUUUGAUGAACAUUUUGGGGUAAAAGUAUAUUUUAAGGUACCCCUAGGCGAAACGUGGCGAUUUUUGGUGGUACAUAGAUACCGAAUUUGUGCAAGUCUUUGACUUCUUAUGUUGGCUUGCGUAGCGGCGAUUUUUGUGCAAAAAUCACCACUACACGAAGCCAAAAUAACAAGAGCUGCAUAAACUUGGUGCCCAUGUACAUAUCGACUAUUUUCACUUAAACAAACAUCCCAGAAUUGCACGAAAAUGGCAUUGAGCUCUCCUUGCACUUUAUACAUGUACACAUCGACCUAUUUUCAUUAAAAGAAACAUCAGGGAAUUCACAAACUAGGCUUUGCACACAGUUUGUCCAUGUACACAUCAAUAUAUUUUCACUUAAAAAGUCAAAGGAGCACCUAAUUCUACAGUAGAGGCAAUUAAAAAAUACAUAAUAUCAACAAACUACAUUUUAAACCAAACAAUAAAAUAACAUAAAAAAGGAUUAUGCAUUUAAGCAUUACACAAAGCAAAUACCGACUUACCUCUGUGGCACACAAAAUUCCUUAACAUCAUCCAAAAACUUCCUAAAAUUAUCUGAACUAGAAUCUGUAUAUUGGCAUCGUCACAUAAAUUCGCAAAACUAAGAGUCAGAAACAUCCUACGUAUUCCAGACUAUCCCAAAAAUGCCUACUAAGUAAACCUUCAUUUACACACCAGUCAAUUAAUGCACUUUUUCCCUAUCGUUCCAAAUCGUACAGAAACUUAAUCUUCCUACAUUCAGCCAUUCUACCGUCUAAACAAUGAAACAAGCAAUGUAUUUCCUAAUCACACACACCACAAAAGCUCUUACAAAACAUCUCAUGAUUCAAAAUAUCUCAAAAUAAUGCAAACAAUUAUGUCAUAAUAAAGUUUCCAUAAUAUUCAACUUCAUAAUAUUCAGGUUACCAUAAGUGAAACAAGAAGUUGGCUGUAAACAGAACAACAGCAUGGCAAUAAAGGAAACAACAACUUUGCGAUAAUACCAGAGGUACCCUGAAGUCAACUCCAACCCAUUUUGUAAAUGAAACAAUGAGGAAAUGCUUUUUGUCAUUAGCCAAGUGCUGCAUAAACCCAACUGUCCCAUUUUUUGAGGCAGAAACAGAUAGCUGUGUAUCUAAGGAGGAGAAAACUACAAAAUAAUAACAAAGAUUUGAAAAAGAAUGUGUUUUUUUUAACUCGUCACAUAAUCCUUAUUUUGUAAUUCAAAUUUCUAUGCUCAAGUAUAUUUUCUUUUGAUACAUUGAUAAUUUUUACCAAAUUAUACUAAAUAAUGUUGACAGUUUGGGAAUUUUUCUGAGAUAAAGGCGUGAAAACUACCAACUUGCACCCAAUAAGUAACUUUUAACUUUUGGUCUGUAAAAAGUCAGAAAAUUAUGCUAAGGUUAUCGCUUUCAUAUAUAUAUAGUUUUCUUCUUGCUCGUGUGACCGUGCAAUUGUUUCAGGUACGUUUAUACUUAAAUGUCUGCUCAUGUGUCCGUGCAAUUGUUUCAUGUACAUUUAUACUUAAAUGUCUCUGCUUAUUUUCUAUUAUUAAGUAUUCAGCUUUGACAUCUGGUUACUGUGAAAUAUGCUGACUUUCAUGUUACCACCUUCAAAUUUUUCUUGUUCUGAAAUUCUGAAGAAUUGUUAAAUAUUUCAUUACCAUGUGCAGGCUGUAGCUUGCAAGUGCAUUUUAUUAUGGCUCUUUUUAUGUUAACACAAAAUUUAAAUAUAGUUCUGUGCAGGGCUACCUAGUGGGGGGAGGGGUGGAGCACGUAAAAGUAUAUGGGUGGCAAAAAUCAGGGGCAGCCGGAGUCUGACAGUAACACGACUAAACAUUUUCAAGUCAUUGUAAGUAUUUUUAACUUAAGAGAUAUUCUGUAUAAAAACUGUAUUCAACUGAUGUUCACAAACAUAACUCUUCUAACAGAAAUAAGAAUUCUAAUCUGGCAAAAUUAUUUUCUUGGUGUUACUUUGGUAGAUGGUUGCAUGGAUUUUUGGCCAUUUACAUUGGUGCGAUUUUUACAGUCGACAGCCAUCUUGAAAAACGCUGUGUUUACAUAUUUUACACUUAGUAAAGUAUUCAAAACUUUAAAAAAAAUCAUAAAAAUAAAUAUCAUAAAAAAUAAUGGAUUAAUUUUUUGUUGAA